UCGGCGCAAAUUUUCGCUAGUGUGAACUUACAUCUUUAUUAGUCAACGGCACUGUCCAUCCAUCGAUCAUCACUACAUUUUAUUCUCGUUUCUCCCGUUGUUGAGUUGUUUUUGUUUAGUUAUUUUUAGAAUUAAGUUUGUGCAACUUUUAUUUCAAGUGAAGAAGCAGUAUUAUAUUAUGGUUAUAAAUGGCAUUGCAUGUAUGACUCACAAAAAUUAAAGAAGUGAGUGUAGCGAUUGAUGAUGAAUUAGAAAACGGGUGGAAGUAUUCUGAAGGUGCACAAGAUUUGAGUGAUUCAGUAAAUAAAUCAUCCAAAAAUAAGUUGAAUGACUACAUGAUGGCGUCCCAAUUGAAUCCAGAAGCUGCCGAGUUUGUACCGGUUGAAGCGGGUAGUCCUGCACGAUCAGUAUUAUUUUUGAGAGAAGGCUUGCUUGAUGAUGUAAUGGCUCGAAGUCCAAGACAAUUUAGUGCUGCUGAACAAGUUCUUAAUGUACCAUCGGAUACUGAAUUUGCAUCAGAAAUUAAAUCAAGACCAGGAGAACUAAGUGCAAAUGGUUCUUUUGAAAGCGAUAAGAAAGAAUUAAUUUCUACUAUAGGAGAUGGAAUUGACUACAUCAGCAAUGAGAAUAUAGGAUUCUUGCCCAUGUCACAAAAUUCCAAUAAAUUCUUUGAACCUGCAUGUGAAAACAAUGACUUUUUGGUAAUAAGUAAUAAAAUACAAGAUGAGCUAAAUACAGUGCAGAAAUUGCCUUUAUCUGAUAGUGAUGAAGAAAGUGAUAGCAUGAAAACUAAUUCACAAUUUAAUAAUGAGAAUGAAAGUUACGAAAGAAAAUUGAAUGAAAAUGAUCAUUCUUUACCGUCCGAGCUACAAGAUUUUUCAAAUUCAGCUGAUCAGAACAAUGUGCCCUAUGUUGCGGAGCAGAAUAAUAUUAUUGAAGAGUCUUUAGAUUCUAUCAAUAAACGAUCCUCAUUUGAUAAUGAUGAAUAUGUGCAAACUAGCAAGGAAAUUAUACAGGCAUCUUUCAUAAAUGAGAAGGAAAGCAUGUCACCAGAUAAUGAGCAAAAACUUUUAGAACAAAUAAAUACGGUUGGGUUAAUGGACAAUGUUUUUGACACAAGUAAUGAAAUUGGGAAAGAUCAUUCUGGCCAGCAAUCAGUAUUUGACAGUAUUGUAGAAAGUGUAAGUGAAAAUACUCAAUUUUUUUCUAAAAUUAUAGAAGAUGUUAAAGCAAAUGAUAAAAACGAAACAUUAGAAAUAGAUCUCUGUGAUAAAAAUGUACUACUUGAUUCCACUUUGUCAAACAAAGAUGUGUUAUCUGAGAAUAAGAAUUUAGGUUUUUCAUGGAGCGCCAGUGAUUCUGCGGAACUCCAAAUUGGAACAGUAAUUUGUGAAGAAGAUCCCAUUCAUAUCACUAAUCAAAAUAACAUAACAAAUACAAAAUUAACCACAAGUGAAAAUAAUUAUCAAGAGCAAAAUGCAUUAACAAAACAAAAUGAUAAUAAAUGUUUUGAGCAGAAAAUACCUGUACCUGUGCCAUUAGAACCUAAUAUACACCUGCUUGAUUUUCCUUUAAUAGAAAGUAAAGAACAUGAUUCAAACAAAUCAAAUGAAAUGGCAAUAAAAAAAGAUGAUGAGCAAGAUAUCUCAACUUCUACUUCGAUUAAUUCACUAAUAUCAAAUAAAGAAAUUCAAAGUAAUCUAAUUGAUGAUCAAAAUAUGGAAUUAACACAUUCGAAUGUCUUAGAAAGUGAAUUGCUCAUAAAACCUUUAGAAAUAUCAAAUGGUGUUCAGGAAGAACAAAUAAAACUAUCAAAUAAAACUUUGCCCAAACCUAUAGAACCAUCAAAUGAAAUGUUGGUGCAAUUAGAUCAAGGUUUAAAUGAAAAUAUGAAAGAAAUAAGAGUGACCAAUAAUUCUUCUGAUGAAAUAAUACCUUCACCAUAUGAAAAUUUAGUAAAAUCAGCAGAACUAAUAAAUGAAAGUCUUGAAUCAAUGAAAGUAUCAAAUGAAAUUCAGAAUGAACCAGCGGAACAAUCUAACAUACUCUUCUCAGAAACUAAUGUUUUAUGUUCUAAUACAGAGGCAGAUCUUACACAUAUUUCUAAGGAACCGGACAAUGAAAUUUUGCCAGCAGAUUGUAUAAUUGUAGAUAAUUCUGCAACAGUUUUAACAGAAAAUGUGAAAUUGCCUUCAAAUGAUCCAUCAACAAGGAAAGAUGCAUCUGCUAAUGAUGAUGAAGUUCAUACAGCAUUAGUUGAUAAUAAUGCGUCAUCAGUACAAUCUGGAAUAAAAACAGUAGUUGAUAAAAUAGAAAAAUCGCCAGUUUGUAAUUUAGGAAAACAAACAUCACCUAAUAAAACUUCUCAAAAUGCAAUUUCUUCAAAAUCCUCAACUGCUGGUGUUGCUUCUAGGACUUCAAAAUCUUCAGCAAUUUCUAAAACAAAUGCGACAUCAGCCAGAGAUGCUGUAAAAUCUACUGCUACAAAACAUACAUCUAUUGCUCCAACAAAACCUUCUUUGGUCGCGAAAAAGCCUGGCUUGGCCGCAACAAAGCCGGCUACUACGGCCUCAACUAAGCUUGCUUCGGCCGCAACAAAGCCGGCUACUACGGCCUCAACUAAGCUUGCUUCGGCCGCAACAAGGCCGGCUACUACGGCCUCAACUAAGCUUGCUUCGGCCGCAACAAGGCCGGCUACUACGGCCUCAACUAAGCUUGCUUCGGCCGCAACAAGGCCGGCUACUAUGUCUUCAACAAAGUCGGCAACAACGGCCACAACAAAGCUUGCUUCGGCAGCAACAAAGCCGGCUACAACGUCUUCAACAAAGCUUGCUUCGGCAGCAACAAAGCCGGCUACUACGGCCUCAACAAAGCGUACUUCGGCAACAACAAAGCCAGCUAUAACGGUCUCAACAAAGCCGGCUACUACGGCUUCAACAAAGCUUGCUGCAGUCUCAACAAAGCCGGCUGCCACGACUUCAACAAAGCUUGCUUCGGCCUCAUCAAAGCCGGCUUCGGCCGUCCCAAAGCCUGCUAUUGGUGUUGUGAAACAAUCGGGAUCUACUACGAAAUAUCCUACUGCCAGUACAACUAGAGCCAAGCCAGCUGCCACUUCUACAAGGCCCACAACUGCUGAUUCAGCGAAGUCAGCUACAGCAGGUAAUGGAAGACCAGCUGUCAGUGGUACAAAAUCGGCCACUGGUACUGCAAAAUCUGCUAAACCUACUGCAAAUUCUGCUGGCAAUUCUGUUAAGUCUACUACUACUUCUACUGCAAAGUCUGUCACCAGAACUGCAAAGUCCAAUUCUGGUCUGCAAAAACUACUGCCAGCACUGUGAAGAAGCCUGAUGCUAGUCCUAGGUCUUCAGUUGAUAUUCCAAAAUCUUUUGAUGCCUUGGGAACUAACUCUGGCAAGUCGGACCAAGACUUUGAUGCAUCUAAAUGUAUUACUAACAUUGUAAAUCCUCAAAUUACAAAGAUUGCUUCAUGUACAGUGAAUACUGCUAUUGAAUCUUCAAAUGCUUCAGAAUCAACAACGCAUAACAAUCAAUGCACAAACACAAAUCAAAAUGAAGAUAACAUUGAGAAUUUUCUGAAAAAUGAAAACGCUGUUUCUUGUGUGGAAGGAACAAGUGGUUGUACAAACAUAUCACAUGAGGAUGUACAACAGUGAAGAUAUUUUUAUAUACAAAGUUUAUAUAAUAAAAAGUUGCUUCUUUAUCUGCGAAUGAACUAUCGCCACAUAUACCAAAAUGGAGGUGGUUUUAAAUUUAUAUGGCAAAUAUAUUUUACUUUUAUAAUUAAUUCUAUAUGAGAUUUUACUUGUCUUUUUUAAGCAUCAUGAAAUUACA